AUGGCUUAUUCGCAGAUAAGGGGUCGAGAAGGACUAUGGUAUCAGCAUACUAAACAAACAAAUUUUCCGUUGACUUAUUUUCACUUGUUUCCAGACACCUUUUUCUGCCUACUCGGAGUUACAAUACAUGCCAGUUCAUUACAAGAUACGAUAUCUUUGUCUUCUGAUGGGUGGAGACCGAUUAUAGGAAAAAGUCAACUUGAAAUACAAGAUGAAAUAACGUUAUAUAAAAAUCCUAGCCAGACAGAUGAAAAUAGUAAACCAGUGAAAGCGCAGACGCCACCGCCAACACUAUCGUCAAAAGCAUCAACGAAAUCGUAUCAAACAAUUUCGGCUACACAAGCAGCAAGUGCUACGAGCAAUACGAUCAACAUUGGUAACAAACAGCCAACCGCAAAGUCACACCCAAAGCUGUACAAGCCGUACCAUUUAGCUCAUGGACAUGGGCCCCACAUACCACUGACGCCAAUGGGCUACAAAGGUAGUCCGCACAGAAUUCCUAUUCCGAAUAAGCAUGCACCAAUUAUGAUGGCUCGUCCCAUUAGAGGCCCGCAUCCAGGACCAUCUGUUUCACACAGUAUGAGACACGAAGUUAUUAUUCCCGCACCAUCUGCUGCCAUAGGAUCUUUCGCACUGUUCAAUAACCAUCCUCCUGGAUUUUCCAAAAAACAUUUUGCGAGUGUACACGGACUAAAUGAUCCUAUAUUUCAAAAUCUUCCCGUUCAAUCAUACUUAAUUCAGAAUAGGAAUCCCGUACAAAUUGAUGGAAGCAAUGUAUUUAAUCACAAUGACGAAUAUACUAGAAAUUUAGUUCCGCCGCCAUUUAAAGAAAUUCACCACGCGAAAGAAAAUCCCAAUCAUUCCAAACCCAAAGAGCAUGAGGCAUCUUCCACUAUUAACAAUCCAACACUGGUUAUUGGAAAACAUAAGGAGCCUCAAAGAUUGCCAGAUGCUGUUUUAGUACAAUUGCCACCUUCGUUUGAAGCAGCGCAAUUUGAAGUGCAUUCCCAGAAACCCACUGAACAAAAGCCUGUGGAAAUACAAGUCACCAAAGAAAGAUUGAACGUAUUUCACAAUAGCAUACCAAACAACUAUAAUCCGGACGGAGAGUAUCAAUCGCACAUCUUCCCAAACAUUAAACCUAAUGAUGAUGUGAAGAUAUAUUCAUUUGAUAUAGACGAACCAACACACCAAGUAAUAGAUUUGCCCAGAAACCCGAUCAAACAACAGGAUCGUCACAAACAAGAACCCAAAAAAACAAGUGUUGCGCCACAUUUCCCUACGUACGAAGUCACGGAAGAAAAACAAUGGCAAGAAUCUCCUCCGUCAUAUUUCUCCACAAGACCAUCAGUAGUUAAAUUUCAAGCCAGCGUUCAACCCGAUCUUCCUCAACCUGAGCUCGUAUUUUUACCGACACCGUACCAUCCAGAUAACUCCGUGCCGACGUCUCCUACGCAAAGCGAAAUUUCCGAGAUCUACAACCAAUUAAAUUUGAGAAACCGCCAACCUGAAAUUUCCACGGAAUUUCCGCAUUUCUUCAGCAUUAAAGAAGUUUCUACUCAUUAUCCCAUAUUAGGCAAACCUGAAUCGCCGACUAUCCUAUCAAUCUCGGCGGAAAAUACCGAAUUCUCCAACGACAUUACGGGUUCGAGCGAAGAAAAGAAUAAAAUGUAUCAACCGAUCAACGAACCUGAACCGACGACACUUCCGCCACCGGUACGCAAUUGGCAAGAACAACGGCCUCAACAGCGACGUCGGAGACCUUCUUCAAGACCUCGAACGACAACGGAAGAACCCACUACUGUCACCGAAGUGCGCAAUAUAAUGAAAAUUAAACAUUCCGACGCAACACGCCAUUCAGGUGAAGAUUACCGACCGCAACGAAGACGUCGGCCCGCCAGAGUGAGGACCACCUCGACUACAUCAUCGGAAGAAUCUCAAGAGCAAACGACAAUAUCAAAUAAAAGACGAAACCGUGUGCGUCCCUCAAGUGGAGAAAGCGUGGAAGAAAUGCCGUUAAAUCACAAACUGACGGGUACCAUAUCAUAUUCGGUUAUGCAACCUGUAGGUGAAACUUAUAUUAAUAGUGAAAUGAAUCCACCAGUUGAAGACGUUCCUAUAAGCUAUGAGAACGAAGUUACAAAGGGUGACCACAAAUUUGAAAACUUGCAGAUUCAAACGCAACCUUAUGAUACGAAAGACGAAGAGGACAAUUUAAAUGACCCAGAAGUAGACACUGAUAUGACGACCACCACGCAAUCGACGACACAAACUAAGAAAAGGACUCGCCACACAACAACUUCUCCAGUAACAGAGACGGCACCAAUUACAGUUCCAGUUCGAAAUCUUGAAGUGCUCACAGAGUUGAAUCAUUUUGAACCGUCCAGAGAGAGCAUAACGAUUCAAGAAAUAUACACUCAAGCAACCGAAGAACCGCAUGAAGAAACAACAUUAUUGCCUACCACAACAACUACAGAAGCGCCCACAUCUGUUAAAUCACAUCGAAUACGCACCAGGCCUCUUUACGACACCAAAAAUCGACCGCGAUUCAGUGUUAAAGAAUACAGACAGCGUUUGACUCAGUACACUUCAACAUCUACAGAAACAUCAUUACGAUCAACAACAGAAGCGCCCUUCAGAUCGAGAUACCCAAAUCGUUCUAGGAAAACGACCACGGAGCGGAACGACAACGACCCAACCGAAAGAAGUAAAUUCAUUCCCAAAGAUCCAAGACACGGCACUAGCACCACGACAUACAGCGAAAGCACCUCCGAAAGAAAAGUAAACACGCGGUUGCGACCAUUUGGUCGACAAAGAACAACCGAAUCCACCACCACCACGACCGCAUCACCACCCACACCAAGAUCGGUAGUAAAACCAAACGUAUUCUCCAAUUUAAAACGACCACCGCCGGUUACACUAAGACAGAGGAUCUAUAACAAAUACAACCGGACAAGUACGUCCACGGCGUCACCCGAAGAAGAAGAAGAAGGUCCAGUUAAAAAGACAGACACUGAUACUGAUACGACUCACUCAUUCACUAACAAAGUAUUGCAAGUGGAUAGUUCAGAGGACGAAGAAGAGAAUGCGAGCAACACCGAAUUGAUGAAGAACGAUGUACUUUUGCAAUCGCAGCGAGUAUCCGACUUGACAUCGUCCGCCCACAAGGAGUACGAAACACCUGGACUGUUUAAAUCGGUAUCGCCAAACACGAGAAUAGUCCCAAGCUACUUCACCCUAUCGACGGACGACCCUAUUUUACCAAUAGAGGCGUUCUUUACGAAUUUGAAAGAUAAGAAAAAUGAAUCUUGAAUAAUUGUAAUAUUGUGAUAUUUUUGUACUUAAUCAAGUUUGUAUAAAACCAGAGGGUUGUGUCUAAUAUUAAGACAACUGUAUAAAUGAAUUAUUUAAAUCAUAAAUAGGUAGGUAAUUUAGGUUAAAAGCUAAGAGUAGGUAGCGUGAUAAUGUUAAAAUAUUUAUUUAUUUGUAAUUAUAUUAUUAUUUCUUAAUUAAA